GAGUCUUUAAAAGACUGGUAUUAAUUCUUCCUGACUUACGCACAUGUUUUCCUCAGAGGAACAUGCCAGUAGUAACCAGUUCACCCUUUAUUAAAACAGUGAAAAUUAUGGGUUGGUUGUUAGUGUGGAAACUGAGUAGCAGGGCUGGGCCUCACUCCUAUAUAAUCGGAUUGGAGUACCCCAUCCUUUUUAGCACCUUUAAAUGAUAACUACUUCAGAGUGGUAAGAAUGUAGGCAGAUUUAAAAGGUGAAAAAAUGGACUUGUUAGUUGUAUUACAUAGGUUAGGUACAUUAAAUAGAAGUAAACAUUAUCAAGGAAAGUGUUUAGGUCACUUUGUUGAUUAGCUGAUAAUUAUUAUUUAGCUAUGGUUCCCAUCUUUUGUGACCUUUUUUUUUUUUUCCAGAUCAACCAGGCUUUCCAGAAAAUGGCCAAUUCCACUGUGGUGACUGUGUUUCUCCUUGAGGGCUUUGCUGACACACGAGAGAUUCAGAUCCUGCUCACCAUGUUAUUCCUACUAACAUACUUGGGCACCCUGCUGGGGAACCUGCUCAUUGUCACCGUCACCACUGUGGACUGGAGCCUUCACACCCCCAUGUACUUCUUCCUCAGGAACCUCUCCAUCUUGGACAUGUGUUACAUUUCUGUCACUGUCCCCAAUGCCUGUGUCAACUCCCUCACUGACAACAGGGCCAUUUCAGUGGCUGGGUGUGCAACUCAGAUAUUCUUGGUCAUCUACUGUGCAUAUGUGGAGGUGCUGUUUCUCACCACCAUGGCCUGGGACCGCUAUGUGGCCAUCUGCCAGCCUCUUCACUACUCCACUACCGUGAAUGACCGAUUCUGUGUACAGAUGACCCUGGCUUCCCUACUCAGUGGCCUCAUCUAUGCAGGCGUGCACACUGGCUACACGUUCCAGCUGCCCUUCUGUGAGUCCCACGUGGUCCGUCAGUUCUUCUGUGACAUCCCCUCUCUGCUCAGCCUCUCCUGCUCUGACACCUUCAGCAGUGAGCUCUUACUCCUGCUCUCUGUCGUGCUAGUUGUUGGUGGCUGCUUCAUCUUCAUCACCAUGUCAUAUGUUCGUAUAUUCUCCACCGUGCUCAAGUUUCCAGCCCGAGAGCAAGGAAAGGCCUUUUCCACCUGUGUCCCACACAUCCUUGUGGUGUUUGUCUUCCUGAGCUCUGGCGCCUGUGUAUAUCUGAGGCCCUCUGUGACCUCUGAAAUGGUUCAGGGCACAAUUCUUUCUGUAUUCUACACUGUUGUUCCUCCAUUCUUGAAUCCUGUCAUCUACAGUCUUAGAAACCAACAGAUAAAGGGAGCUAUAAGGAAAAGAAUACUACAGAAGUUUUAUUUUAGAAAAUUAUAGGGAUCUACUUUAGA